ACAGAGUUCCAGCCUAAGGCGCGCUGGGCGCUCCCGAAAGGCCACGCCGGAGGUGCAAGUCUCCAGAACAGGGAAGGCCGAGAGCUUCCCAUCGCCGCCCCGCGCCGGCCAGACCGCCGCCUCUUUACACCCGCUUCCCAAGAUUUCCCCCCGGGGCUGCCUCCGAGGAAACGGGCAGUAGGGAGCUGGGAGCCUAGCGCUGGGGUCGCCAGAGUGGGGUCAGCUAGGACAGCGCCGUCAGGCGGCGUACAGCUGGCCUGGAACCCAGCGCUGGCCCUCCUGCGAGACGUACUGCUUCUGGGGGUGUCCCGAUUCCCUGAGGGAUCGGCUUUCUUUCCCCGGGAGCGAACAUUUGGGGGACUGGGAGAGGCUGCCCCCAGAAGUGCCAGAUCUCAGAUUUGCAGGAGUGCUUAGCAAUGCAUUAUGACACAGGACAAAAUUCAGUCCCCAAAGAGGUUACAUUUUAACCAAGAAAAAUUAGGAAAUAAUUAAUUUACAGAAAUAAACUGGAUUCUCAACUUGUUUCAUUUGAUUUACAGGAUUGGAAAUGAAAUGUGUGGCAAAGAAGAAAAGAUACUACACAGACAAGUGCCUUGAAACAAGAAGAUGCUUAUAAAAGGCUGAGGAAGAACCCUUCACCCAACCUCUCCUGUCCAGGUGUCUAUGGGACUAAACAUUCCUGAAUUAACUAGGAAGGCAGAACUAGAAGCAGCUGUGAGAAAGAAGAUUGUGUUUGAGAGAAAAGCUCUACAUAUUGUUGAACAGCUUUUAGAAGAGAGUAUUACGGAAGAAUUCCUAAGGGAGUGUGGGAAGUUCAUUACACCUGCUCACUACAGUGAUGUUGUGGAUGAACGUUCCAUCAUCAAACUCUGUGGUUAUCCAUUGUGUCAGAAGAAGUUGGGAAUUGUACCAAAACAGAAAUAUAAAAUUUCUACCAAAACCAACAAAGUCUAUGAUAUUACUGAAAGAAAGUGUUUUUGCAGCAAUUUUUGCUAUAAAGCAUCUAAGCUUUUUGAAGCACAAAUUCCUAAAACUCCGGUAUGGGUUCGAGAAGAAGAAAGGUAUCCUGAUUUUCAGCUGCUGCAGGAAGGACAAAGGGGCCAUUCUGGAAUAGAAGUACAGUUAUGCAAUAAAGCCGUUAAAACAUCAGAUGUUGACAAUCCUGGCCAUUUUAAGAAGCAUUAUGAAUCUAGUUCUUCUAGCACUCACAGUGAUAGUAGCAGUGAUAAUGAGCAAGACUUUGUUUCCUCCAUUCUACCAGGAAACAGACCAAAUGCAACAGCUAUAAGACCACAGCUGCACAAAAAGUGCAUAAUGAAAAAGAAAGCUGGUCAAAAAUCUAACUCCCAACAUGAAGACAAAGAGCGAACAAUAAUAGAUGUCACCGAGCAGUUAGGCAACUGCAGACUAGAUAGUCAGGAGAAAGCUGCUGCCUGUGAACUUCCUCUACAGAAAGUACGUACUCAGAUUUCUUCAAGUAGGCCUUUGCAAGAAAAACUAGAAGCUUCAGAGAAUUCUGAAAAUAAAUACAAUAGUUUAAAAAUAACCCUAGUAGGCAUAAGUAAGAAAAGUGCUGAACAUUUUAAGAGGAAAUUUGCCAAAUCAAAUCAAGUUUCUAGGUCAGCUUCUAGUUCGGUACAGGUGUGUUCUGAAGUUGCAAAGACAAACUUACUUAAAGUCCUGAAGGAGACUUUGACUGAGUGGAAGACAGAAGAAACAUUGAAGUUUUUGUAUGGCCAGAAUUAUGCUUCUGUGUGUCUGAAACCCUCUUCAGCCCCUUUGGCUGAAGAAGAACUUGAUGAAGAUGAUACAAACUCUGACCCAGACAGUCAUUCCCCUGCUUUGCCAGAAUCUCAAAAUAGCUUGGAUGAGUCUUUACCUUUUAGGACCUCAGAUACAGCCAUUAAACCACUGCCAAGUUACAAGAACUUGAAAAAAGAAACUGAAACAUUAAAUCUGAGGAUCAGGGAGUUUUACAGAGGGCGAUAUAUUUUGAAUGAAGAAACUACCAAAUCACAAAAUUCAGAAGAGCAUGAUGCCACCUUCCCACUGAUAGAUUCCAGUUCUCAGAACCAGAUUAGAAAACGCAUCAUACUUGAAAAGUUGAGUAAAGUCUUGCCUGGACUUUUGGAACCUCUUCAGAUUACAAUAGGAGAUAUUUACACACAGCUUAAAAAUCUUGUCCAAACUUUCAGAUUAACAAAUAGAAAUAUUAUACACAAACCUGCAGAGUGGACCUUAAUUGCUAUGGUGUUGCUGUCUUUACUGACCCCAAUUCUUGGCAUUCAGAAACACUCUCAGGAAAAUGUGGUGUUCACACAGUUCAUAACCACCCUGCUUGAAGAAUUACAUUUAAGGAAUGAAGAUCUUGAAAGUUUAACCAUCAUAUUUAGAACCAGCUGUUAACCAGAGUGGUAUAAACCAUGAAGACCAAAUAAAAGAUGAACUUCUAUUCACCAUUUUCCAGAAUUCUAGCCACAAUGAUGGUCUGAUGGCGAUUGAUACCUAGCUUUGUUCCAAGAAAGACUUUUGCCUCCGAUUUCAACCCCCUGCCUUCCAGUCCCUAACUGUACAGAGAGACUUACCCAGAUAGAGGAGAACCAUUAUUCUAACAAAGAUAACCAAGUCCUUGCAUCCCUAUGUAAGAUGCAGUAUUUUUAUUUGAAAACGAAAGAUGAAGUCUUAAAUUGAAACUUGAAAGUUUUUUAAAAAUGUACUGACCUAUUUUUUCUGGUAUAAGUUGACCAAAAAAUUGAGUAAAUCUCCAUUUUGACCUCACAGUCUAAUAAUAAAGAACAGCAAAGAGGUCAGUAAAUGUAAUCUAAGAUGAAGCCCUUUAGAAGUCUGGUCAUUAUUCUUUUAAAAGAAACUAACUGUGCUAUAAAAUGCUCUUGAGCAAUGUGUUUAACCUCACAAAUCCAAAAUAGGAGUAGCCCAGAACUUUCUGGACUCAAGGAAGUUGUUUGUUUUUUUUAAGGAAAAAAAAGAAUUAUUUGUAAUUUGCUUUUGAGAGAGAGAAUCUCUAGAAUGUACACUGCUUUUUCAAAAUGUGUAUUGAGCAUAAGUCAGCAGGGCCCCCAGAGCAGUUAGGGGUGAGGGGAUUAAACAAUUGAGGUAACUUUACUGGAGGAUCAAGAAACAAUAACAUCAGAUCUGUACUCUUGGACACUGGAGAAAAUGACAGCUGAUAAAGGCCCAACCUUGGAAGGGGGCUGGAAAGCAACCUGGUUUAGUGGGGAGCUCAGUAGACAGGAAUAUGCAAGUUCAGCAAAGUCACAGGCUACAAUAUGAAUAUACAAAAAUCCAGUGGUUCUUUCUGUAUACUAGAAAUGAAAAAACCAAAAAUGAAAUAAACAAUUCUAUCCAUAAUAGCACCAACAAUAAUUCCUUAAGGAUAAAUUUAACAAAAGACUUAUACAAUGAAAAUCAUAAAACAAAUUAAAGAAACUGUAGAAAUAGCCCAUGUUCAUGAAUUGGAAGAUUCAGUAUUGUUAAAAUGGCAGUCCUCCCCAAAUUGAACUAGAUCAAUGCAAUUCCUAGUAAAAUUCCGGCAGGCAUUUUUGAAAAAUUGGUAAGUUGAUCCUAAAAUUUCCAGGGAAAUGCAAAGGACCCAGAAUAGCCACAACAAUUCUGAAAAUGCUGAGCACUUCCUGAUUUCAAAACAUACUGCAAAGCUGCAGUAAUCAAGACAUUGUGAUACUGAUAUAAAGAUCGGUAUAAAGAUCAGUGGAACAGAAUUGAGAGACCAGGAGUAAACCCUCAUGUUGAUGGAGAACUGAUUUUAAACUAACAUGUCAAGGCAAUUCAAUGGAGAAAGGAUGGUCUUUCCAACAAAUUGUGCUGGAAUAUUUUGCUAUCAGAUGCAAAAAAGUUAAUUUAGACCGUUAGCUCCUAUGACAUGCAAAAAUAAAUCCAAAAUGGAUCAGAGACCAAAAUGUAAGAGCUACAAGUGUAAAAUUUUUAGGAAAAAAAAAACCUGCAUGGUAUUGGGUGAGGAAGAGUUCUUAGGUAAGAUGCAAAAAAAAUGCAUAAAGGAAAAUAUUAAUAAGUUGGAUUUCAUCAAAAUUAAAACUUCACUUCAAAAAAAAUGUAAGUGAACUGAUAAGCCACAGACUGGGAGAAGAUAUUUUCAAAUAAUAUUAAAAGACUUAUAUCCAGAAUCUAUAAAUAACUCUUAAAACUCAAGAACAAGAUAAUAAGACCCAGUAAUUCUACUUCUGGAUAUAUACCUGAACAAAACAGUAAUUGAGAAUAUAUGCACCCCUAUGUUUAUUGCAGCAUUAUUUACAAGAGCCAAGUUAUGGAAGCAACCUAAGUAUCAUAUCAACAGAUGACUGGAUAAAUAAGAUGUGGCACAUAUACACAAUGGAAUAUUACUCAGCCAUAAAAUAGAAUGAAAUCUUGCCAUUUGUGUCAUGAAUGGACCUAGAGAGUAUUAUGCUAUGUAAAAUAAGACAAAGACAAAUACCAUAUGAUUUCACUUUUAUGUGAAAUCUAAAAAAAGCAAAAAACAGAAAUAGACUCAAACACAGAGAACAGACUGGGGGUUGCCAUAGGAGUGAGGGAAGGGUGAAGUAGAUGAAGUGCAUGAAGAGGUACAAAAUUCCAAUUACAGAAUAAGUCAUCAGGAUAAAA